UCAGCCGGACCGUAGAACCCCGCCUGCUCGGGGGCGGGGCUGGACGAAGGGGUGGGGCUGCGCCCCGUCGGGGUGUGGGCUGUGGAACCUCAGAACCCCGGCGACUCGGGGCUGGGGCGCGCGUCUCCCGGCGCGGGGUUCCUCCCACGCAGCCUCCCAUUCAAAAGAUGCCGAAGGGGCGGCGCGGCGGCCAGAGCCCAACCAUGAGCCAGCGGCCUGCUCCGCCCCUCUACUUCCCGUCCCUCUACGAUCGCGGCGUCUCCUCGUCUCCGCUCAGCGAUUUUAACAUCUGGAAGAAGCUCUUCGUGCCGCUGAAGGCUGGCGGGGCGGCGGCCGGGGGGCGGCCCCUCCCUCAGGCGCCCCUGCCGCCGCCACCCGGCCUGGGGCCCCCAGGCGAGCGCCCCUGGCCCCCGCCCUGGCCUUCCGGCCUGGCCUCCAUACCCUACGAGCCUCUGCGCUUCUUCUACUCGCCACAGCCGGGGCCCGAGGUGGCUGCCUCGCCCCUGGCUCCCUGCCCCACCACACCCCGGCUCGCCUCCGCCUCCCACCCCGAGGAGCUAUGCGAGCUGGAGAUCCGGAUUAAGGAGCUGGAGCUGCUCACCAUCACUGGGGACGGUUUCGACUCCCAGCGCUAUAAAUUCUUGAAGGCACUGAAAGAUGAAAAGUUACAAGGACUGAAGACGAGGCAGCCUGGAAAGAAGUCGGCCUCUCCCUCCUGAGGAGCUGCCUCCCCGGAGCCAGGGACGCCGCCUCCUUAGGUGUUAGUGCUUAGAUAAUGUGUCCCAUUUGUUGUCAUUUCAAAGACCGUUAUUUUCUGUUCUGUAUUUAACUGCUGUUCUCAUUGCUCCCAGCAUUUUCUCCACAUACAGUGCCCACUUGUGUGGUAAAUCUCA